UUACUGUGAAGCACGCUUAUUACGUGUCUUGUAAUGAUGCAUGCCAGCGGAAAAAGUAUUGAAAAAAGAUUUAGUUUUAAAACAGUUUUAGAAAAAGUUUUGCCAACUUUCAGCAAAGGAUUUCUCGAAUCCUCAUAUUUGUUACAUACGUCGUUAUGAAAAAUUAUGCUUGAAUUGGAUUUUACGGAACGUCAUUCUUGAUUUGUUGUUUAGCUUUCGUGUUUUUCUCAACAGCCGUUGCUAAUGAAAAUUUGUGGAAAGUGCAGUAAACCACAGAAAAAUUAAAAUACGGAGCAGAAUUGGCCCCGAACAUUAGUGAAGACAAGGUGAAAAACUAGGAAAACAACGUAUGGGUACGAGUAUACUGUGCCUGAAUCAGACCGUGAGUUUUGGACAUUUCCAGGCCGAGAAAAAUGUUGCGCCGCAAGAACCAUCCGAAGGCGAUGUUUCGCGGGAUUUUCAGUACGAAUUCGAUGGUACCCAGGAAGUGAUGAUGAUUAUAGACAUGCCCCAAAAGUACCGGAUGCGAUGCGAUCAUGGGAGAAAUAAACGGUUACUGUUUAGUACAUUCAUUAAAGUCGCGAUCGCAAGACGAAAAGACCGAGCGAAUACCAUACAUCCCACCGUCGGAAACACCCAACGUGAAGCUGCCACAUCGGAGGACAAUAGCAAGCAACCACCCUGUGACAUGGAUCGACAUGAAAACCUGGAGAAACAACGCCUUGAAUACCAACGUCACUUGAAAGCCAGCCGGCUGAUGAACAUGGCAAACCUCCGAAAAACCCAAAGUGUCCAACGAACACUUGGCAAUGCCCGCAACCAGUAAAGCCAGUGGUCGUCAGAUGAACAUUCGGACUGCUCCAUAUACUGAACCUAUCACCAAUGUGGUCCCCACAACGCGCAUAGAGUGAGCAAAAUCUCGUCAGCAAAUCGACAGCUGCCCAGCAAAUCGGAACACUCUCGGAUGAUGGACAAUCGGCAGCCAGGACAUCCACAGCUCAAGGGCGGAUUCGCAAUAGAAAGUCCCUAUUAUGGACCACCUUGGUAAAGACUCAGGGUGGCCAUUGAACCAGGAAACAGACGGGAAAUUGAAGUCAUCGGCAAAAAAAUUUCAUGCCGGGAAAAAUAAAUUCUCGUUAAGUAGGGGAACAGACGGCUUUGGCAGGUUUUGUUCUAUUAUUGGCAGGGGGGUUUUUGUCGACCGAAUUUUAUGAAAUUUGGCCACAAUAUUCUUUGAUAUGCAAAGAAUGUUUAGGCCAAAUUUGAGCAAAAUCAGUCAUAAAAAACUCCCCUGACAAUAAUAGAACAAAACCUGCCAAAGCCGUCAUUCCCCCUAAUAUUCGAAAUUCUUCAACGUUUGUAAUGAAGUUCAACUUCAUAAGAAAAUGUUUUAUUCUUUAAUGCUCAUUCCUCAGGCGCAUUCAAAAUGAAUUAUUUGAUUUUAGUACAUGGUAUUUGUGAGGUACAAAAAUUAAAUAGAUCUUCCUCAGAUCCAUUUUGAGUUCUUCUUCUUAUUGGCAUUACAUCCCCACACUGGGACAGAGCCGCCUCGCAGCUUAGUGUUCAUUGAGCACUUCCACAGUUAUUAACUGCGAGGUUUCUAAGCCAAGUUAUACCAUUUUUGCAUUCGUAUAUCAUGAGGCUAACACGAUGAUACUUUUAUGCCCAGGGAAGUCGAGAUAAUUUCCAAUCCGAGAAUUGCCUAGACCGGCACCGGGAAUCGAACCCAGCCACCCUCAGCAUGGUCUUGCUUAGUAACCGCGCGUCUUACCGCACGGCUAAGGAGGGCCCCUUUUGAGUUAUUACUAGAUUAUUUUGAUUUCAGUUUCGAGUGACAUCAUAAAUAUUUUGUCAAAUAUCGAAAUACUCGUUGUUUUGAAUAAAUGUAUUUAACUCUAAAUUAUUUCUAUAGUGUUCAAGACUUCUAUUAUUUGAUUGUUAUUUUAAAUUGCAAUAAAAAUUAUGAUGAGACUAUACACUGUUUUAUUACUCCAUUACUAAGUUCUCUAAGUAAAAACAUCAAUUUAAUUUAUAAGAGAGAAUUGUGUCUUUCCUUCUUUCCCCACAGCUUCAUCAAAUUCUCAGGAAGGUAUCAUGAUUCCAGUUGAAAAUCGAAUUUCGAAGUCACAAAAACCGAUUUUAUUCGCGUUUAACUUAUAGCGCAUCAUUGCGCAACUGGUGCACAUUGUUCGCAACCAGAUGCGCAGUAAUGAACUUGCGACUAAUAGGAGAAAAAUUGAUUGUCGUGAGUUAAAAAAUUCGAUUUUGACCUGCACAUAUGAUAUUCUCAAAUAAGAACAGUCUGAAUAAGAUUAAACUGAGGGCUAAACAUUCAAAAUGUUCGGCUAUAUUUUAAGAUACUAUAGGUUUUUACUGCUAUCUGUAAACAUCAUGCUCUAAGAAGGAACUGGCAUGCAAUGUCCAUUGGCUCUGUCAGAAACUUACGAAAGUUUUGCAACUAAGAAUCAAACGAAUAGUAAUUAUGUGCUAAUGUGGAACUUGAAAUUAAAAAAAAAAGACUGGAAUUGACCAAUAAAUCAGUGAACGAUGCAAAUUUGACGAGUGUUAUGCAUAGAACGGCUGUAUAGCUUAUAGUUGUAUAGCUAUUUAUUAGAUUGUUUGAAUUUCUCCAUGUAGAACGAGUGUGAACAUUUCAACAGCAAACUCCUCAACAUGUAGUCAGUAAAGUAAACUAAAACUGCAUUAAAAUCAAGUUUUAAUUCAACUAUAAAAAAAAUAAAUUUUAAUUAUAUCAAAGAAUAAUUUAAAUUAAAUAAAAAAGAAACUGAAUUUUAGACUCCUGGACUAUAGGGCAAUGAAUAAUUGCCAAAUAUGCUCCUGAUCGACGCCAUUCAUCAUUGUCCCCGUGGUGCGGUGGGCCAUCACGAUGAAAACCACCACGUCCGCGGAACGGUCUUCCACCAUAGCCGUACGAUGAAUUUUCCUCGUAUGAUGCACCGCCUUCCGGAUAUUCGUAGUCGGGGCCGCGACGAUAUUCAUCGCCUUCCUCAAAACCUCCACUGCGCUUUGAGAUGGUGAUGUUUCCGUUCAGCAAAAUCGAUACGAAUACGACGAUCCGGUGCCCCUAACGAGAAUCCACGCAUUUCCUUCACAGCAGCCGUAGCAGCAUCAAUAGAAUCGUACAGAAUGUAGGCCUGGGUGUCCCCUUUGUUAUAUUCGAUCUUUUUGAUGGCACCAAAACGGUCGAACUCACGCUCCAACUGAGUAAUCGAAGUCCAUGCGCCAAGACCACCAACCCAAAUUCUGGUCGUCGGAGUAGCUUUACCGUAUCCUAUCUUGCACUGGAACUUGCCAAUGUAUUUACUGAUCGGACAACUCAACCUUAGCUCGGUGAGCCAUGUCCAACGUUUGGUAGCAAACAAAAGCAUUUCCAGUUCCUGCCGAAACGAACCGAAACGACGUCGCAAGGUGAGGGAGAAAAACAAACAGACAAACUGUCAAAACGUCAAGAGGGGUAAGUCAGCGCUCGUAAAAUAUUUAUGUAAUUCGUCACCCACGAGGGGUAUUUUCUUCAAAAUGAAGAAGAAGACAUGGUGCCCGAUUUUCUGAUGGCUUUGUACCGGACAUUUCG